AUGUCAAAGGGCAAGGGCCUGCCCUCAACAACGCCGGAGGACGUGGCAGCCAGCGCCGCUUCUGAUCAUGACGCUGACGACCUGACAUGCGCCAUCUGCCUGGACCAAAUUAAAGUGGAGGAAAUCUGUGCCGUGAAGGGCUGUGAGCACGUCUACUGCGGUAAGUGCAUCCUUGCCUGGGCUGUCCAGAAGGAGCCGGUGUGGUGCCCUCAGUGCAAGGCGCCCUUCUCGACCCUGCUGACCUACCGCAAGCUGGACGGAACGCUGUCGGACUUCCCUGUCGAGGAGAGCGUGUGCCUGCUCAAGCGAGCGCACUGGUUCGAGUCGCACAUGAAGGUUUCAGUCCACCCCACACCCUGCAUGGCAUAA